GUCUCUGUGGAGAAGGUGAACGUAACCUGUUGCUCGGGAUCAGUUGAACCCGAGGUCGUUGCAGAAGGUAUGCUAGUAUGAGUGACCCUGUGAGUAAUAAUGAAACUCACAUCAGACUCCUGUGUGAUAAAGAGAACGGUAAUGACUCUGCUGUGGAAAUCGAGUUACAAACUCCAUCAGAAGCGGCGGUGGGUGAGGAGGAGCAAGAUGCUGCCGGCGCGGGCUGUCGCCAGCUCUGCGCGCGGACCUGCUGGAGAACACGCGAUGACGAUGAUGAUAAUGAUGAUGAUGAUGAAGAGCAAGACACAGUUCAAAGAGAAAAGACCUCGUGUCCCGGGCUGGGUCUCCUGUACAGUUUGUUAGCAUCAGUCUUCUUCUCUGUUGCUGCUCUUCUCGUCAAACAGAUCGAGGACAUGCACGCCAUCCAGAUCAGUGCCAUUCGAUGCUUCUUCCAGAUGUUGUUUGUGAUGCCAGCCAUGAUUUAUUACAAAACUGGCUUUUUGGGCCCGAGCGAUAUGAGGAUCUACCUGUUCUUCAGAGGCUUCCUCGGAUCCAACGCCAUGAUCUUGUUGUAUUACGCAGUUCUGCAGAUGCCACUGGCUGACGCUACGGUUAUAAUGUUUAGCAAUCCAGUCUUCACAGCCAUACUGGCCUGGAUUUUCCUUAAAGAGAGGUUCACGAUAUGGGAUGUGUUUUUUACCGCGUUUACCCUGGCUGGCGUGAUACUGAUAGCGAGACCGCCAUUCCUCUUUGGCGACAGGAUAUCUGGGAUCGAAGGAGACUACACCGAUCACGUCAAAGGCACGGUCGCUGCAUUUGCGGGGGCCAUCGGUGCAGCCUGCACAAUGGUGAUUUUAAGGAAAAUGGGGAAAAGCGUUCAUUACUACCUCUCUGUGUGGUACUACGCUGUCCUGGGACUCAUCGAGUGCAUCGUCGUCCUGCUCGUCCUGGGCGAAUGGAAGAUGCCGGGGUGCGGCUGGGACAGGGGGACCCUCAUGGCCAUCGGGGUGCUCGGCAUAGCCGGUCAGACAUUCCUCACCAAAGCCCUGCAGAUCGAGAAAGCAGGCCCGGUCGCUCUGAUGAGGACAAUAGAUGUGGUGUUGGCCUUCAUUCUCCAGUUCCUUUUCCUCCAUCGCACACCCACGUGGUGGAGUUUGGGUGGGGCUUUAUGUGUGACGGGCAGCACCAGCGGUGUAGCCGUGAGAAAGUGGUACACCAGUACCAGAGGACAGAGCUGAUGCUCACAGAUAACUGCUCUGAUUUAGUCCAAAGAAUCAUUUAUAGCAUUUUGUAGUUUUGUAGUGUCUUAGAAUAUACAUUCUUACUUUUAAUGAGUAUAGUUUUAGUUCGUAAAAUAACACUAUUUGACUAAGAGGUUUUACAGACAAGGCCUAAGGCUAGUCCUAGACUAUAACACAUGUUUGAGCUCUCUCAACUAAAAAUAACUUGCACUGACAGAUCUUAAAACAUCACAGCGGGAUUGAUUUGUCUCAAUAUACGCACCAGUAAUGUCUUAUAAGGCAUGUUUAUAAAUGAUGCUUAAAGGGGUCAUAGUGUGAAAUCUGACUUUUUCUAUGUUUAAGUGCUAUAAUUGGGUCCCCAUUGCUUCUAUCAACCUAGAAAAUUUGAAAGAGAACAACCCAGUAACUUAGUUUUGGUAAAUCAUUCUCUGCAAGCAUCAGCUCAUUUGCAUUUUAAAUGACACAACCAAAAACUGCACAUUUUUGCUCACACCUUCAAAGUGGCAAUUUUAACAUGUUAUAAUAAACUAUCUGUGUGGUAGUUUGAGCUAAAACUUUACAUACGCACUCUGGGGACACCAAAGAUUUAUUUUACAUUAAAAAAAAGUCUCAUAAUAUGUCCCCUUUAAACAUCUUAAUUUAACUAGUCCUGCCUUUAGCUAAGCCUUGUCUGUGAAACCAGGCCAAUAUAUUUUACUAAACUGCUGGCCAGGGCAUUAAUAUUUAAAGAGUGUGGAAAUGAAGUUAGAAGAAUUUCUUUAAACAAACACAACUUUGCACUUUGUCAUUGUACUGUAGCUUUGAAAGCAAGACAAUAAUUUUAUAAAUUAGUAUAAAUUGAGCAAUAAUUUUUCAGAGUAUUUUUUUGUUACUUCUGGUAAAAAUGUUACACUUUUUGCUUUAAGUAUAAUAUGCAUCAAGUCAUAUGUUGUUGUGAUCUUUGUCCCUGUGUACCUUAGACACACACAGUUUUACUGCACUAAAUAUUUGCCAGAGAGAAUGAGUCGAUCUAAUUUAUUUAUUUAUGGAACAUAUGUCUGACAACCAAAAGGAUUUAUUAAGUUUAAUGACUGAACUGCUGUGAUUUAAACUGACUGUGGUUAGUGAACUGAACCUGAAUUGCAUUUUUUCCCAUUGCAUUUCUUUAAUUUGAUAUAUGUUACAAGUUUCUGUAAAGUAAACUUCAGAGAGCUUCACACUGACUCAUAUUUAUUAGGUUUAAUAAAUGAGUCACAGUUUAUGAACUACAGACUAUUUCGAUUGAUACCACCUGCUAUGGCAUGUGAUUUGAAGUCAUAGAGGGAGUUAAAGAUGGAUUAAAGUUGCAUUCUUGCUGUUUUUUUUUCUCUCAGUACUUUGUGAUUUGAGCUCUUUGUUUUUAGAAUUGGGCCAUAUACAUCAGAUUAAUUAUAUAUUUGAUGUACUUUAUGUUCAUUAUAGUCUUCUGGACAACAGAAUUUAAGAUGUUAUUCAAGAAAUAUUUUUCAUCCAUGAUUAAAAAACAACAUUAGACUUGUGAA